AUGGUGCUGAAUGAUGACGGGGUGCCGAAGGCGUCGCUCUCGUCGGAUGAUGGCAGGGUGCCGAAGGCGUCGGAUGAUGACAGGGCGCCGAAGGCAGCGCUAUGUCAAAUGAUGACGGGGUGCCGAAGGCAUCGCUUCUCGUCGGCUGAUGGCGGGGUGCCGAAGGUGAUGAUGGGGUGCCGAAGGCAUCGCUCUCGUCGGAUGAUGACAGGGUGCCGAAGACAUCUCUCUUGUCAAACGAUGACAGGGUGCCGAAGGCAUCGCUUGUCAAAUGAUGACGGGUGCCGAAGGCAUCGCUCUCGUCGGCUGAUGGCAGGGUGCCGAAUGUGA